UUGUUCAGCGCUGAGUGAGCAAGAGUCAGUGUGCGGGAGCGAGCGAGAGCGAGUAUAUGUCGCAUCUUUGACGGUGUGCUGUGUGAGUGUUGGCAGCCGUGCAUGUGCGUCCUUGCAGUCAGGCACACUGCCAGUGACACUUGUGAUAACUGUUGCUAAAAUAGACCGUCGUGAGUGCAAGGAGCCACAUCUGACACUGAGAGCCAGAGUGCCCGGGCCUGGCACCCACACCUGGCCCGGACGACCCCAGCACGACCUCACCUCACCUGACCUCGACGCCAGGCCCCUCCACCACCAUGGCCAGUCAACAGUUUUGUUUGCGGUGGAAUAAUUACCAAAGUAACUUAAUGCAGGUGUUUGAUCAGUUACUACAAACGGAGAGUUUUGUGGACGUGACGUUGUCGUGUGAAGGCCAGAACGUGAAGGCACACCGCAUGGUGCUGUCAGCGUGCUCGCCCUACUUCCAAUGCCUGCUGAACGACGCACCAUGCUCCCACCCUGUCAUCAUCCUGCAGGGCGUCAAGUGGAUCGAGCUCAAGGCCGUGGUGGAGUUCAUGUACAAGGGCGAAAUCAACAUCUGCCAGGAACAGCUGGGCUCCCUGCUGCGGGUGGCAGAGUCCCUCAAGAUCCGCGGCCUCGCCGAGGUUGACGGAGAUGGGGCCGAACCCGCUGUGCUGGCCUCGCCCUCAGUCUCUCCCGCCGCUCGUGCCCCAUCCAUCGACGACAGCUCGCCCUCCUCGGGUGUAAGCCGCAAACGACGCCGCCAUUCGGGCGACGACGCCAGCCGCCCAUGCACGCCCCUCACGCCCAUCAGUGCUCCAGAACUGAUGGACGGCCUGCUGGAACUGCCCGCCUCAUUCAUGAGGAACACCAUCCCCACGCCCCUGCCCAGCUCGCCCGCCGGCCUCAACUCCCUGGCAACCCGCCUCCCAGGCCCAAUGCCGCCCCCAGCCCCCAUGCCGCCCCAUCUGCCUCACCUGCCGCCCCUGUCGCCACUCCUCAACAUGCACACCCUGCCUCGCCCACACGCCCCGGACGACUUCGAGAUUCGACCCGGCAUCGCCGAGAUGAUCCGCGAGGAGGAGAGGAGACGCAGAGACGCACCCGACAUGGCCAAGCUGCUGGAGUCUUCGCACCACUGGAUGGGAACCUCAAUGGCCGGUGCGUCAUUUCGUCAUGCAGACACCUACCAAGCACAGGUGCAAGCUGCCUGGCAGAAGAGUUGGAACCAAACUCAGUCCCUCCUGCAGAAUUUGCGGUUCAGGGAGCGAGGACCUCUCAAGUCGUGGCGGCCGGAGACCAUGGCUGAGGCUAUUCACGCCGUGCUGAAGGAAGGCCUGUCGCUCUCCCAGGCGGCCCGGAAGUACGACAUCCCGUACCCAACCUUCGUGCUGUACGCCAAUCGAGUGCACAACCUGCUGGGGCCGUCACAGGAGCCCGGGGACAUGAGGCCCAAGGGUCGCGGCCGCCCUCAGCGAAUCCUGCUGGGGUCGUGGCCUGAGGAGCAGAUCAAGGGCGUCAUCAGGGCUGUCGUGUUCCGAGACACCGCUAUGUUCAAGGAGAAUGAGCACAAGUACGGCAGCGGCAACAAGACGAAGGAGAACAAGCACCCAACCACGCCCAAGAUGCAACGGGAGGACCCUAAUGCCAUUCCAAUGAAGCCCAAUGGUCCAGCUCUUCCCACAGUGUCUGGCAUCCUCUCCAGCCUCAACAUUGACAACCCAGACAACAACAGCAGCCUCUCCACCACCCCCAGCACUCCCAUUCCCACCACACCAGCCCCAUCAACUCCAGCACCUUCAACUCCCCUGCAGACACCCUCCACCACACCUACUGCCACCACCCCCAUCGCCCUGCCCCUCACCACACCCCCCACACCAUGCAACAUGAUCGCAUCAGCAGCUGGAAGUCCUGGAUCGGUGGACACACGGCUGGCCACCUCCACCAUGGGUAGCUCCUCUCCUCCUCUUACCUCCAACUUGGCAUCAGCCUGUCUCACCAGCAACACCCUCACAUCCACCUCUGUUACCUCCCCAAUCUUUAGUGUCUCCACCACCAGUAAUGGCAGUAUUACCAACACCGGUGCCACUGUUGCCACAGGGAGCACUGGUGAAGAACCCCCUCCAGGGAGUCCAUCCUCAGGGCAACAACAACAACAACAACAACAACAACAACAACAACAGCAGCAGCAGCAGCAGCAGCAGCAGCAGCAGCAGCAGCAGCAGCAACAACAACAACAACAACAACAACAACAACAACAACAACAACAACAACAACAGCAGCAGCAGCAGCAGCAACAACAACAACAACAACAGCAGCAGCAGCAGCAGCAGCAGCAGCAGCAGCAGCAACAACAACAACAGCAGCAGCAAUGUAUUAAGAAGGAGCAGCUUCCCACAGUGCCACAGCAGCAGCAACUCCAGUCACCAUACUCUAUGCAGCGGCCGGCCACCCACCCUAACCCCCUCCAUAACCCUCACCAGAACCCUCUUCAGUGUUCCAGUCCUACCCAGCAUCCUGCAGCUGCUCUUCAUCCUCAGCAGCAACAACAACAGCAGCAGCAGCAGCGACACCAUAGGCCACAACAUCCGAACCAGCUGCAAAACCAACUAAGCCAGGCCCAGAUGCCCCAGAGGCAGAUGCCCCAGAGCCAGCGUGGGCCCCCUCAGCGCCACCAUUCCCAGCAUGCCCAGCUAGGGGCCCUCCUGCCUGGGGCACUCACCUCACCUCUUGCUACCUCUCUGGCAUCCCCAGUCCACUUGGCACGCCUCUUUGGUGAGGGAAGUCAUCCCCACCUGCCGGCCCACCAGCCACCCCAGCAUCCUGCUGCCCCCAUCAACCCCUUCCACCCGGGCUUCCCCCGCCAGCCUCACCCAUCCGCUGCACUGCAGGUCAUGAAUGCAAUGAACAGCCUCAGCCCUCACACCUCUCGAAUUAAUUCCAAUGACCUUGAUGCAGCCUCAGAGGCACUCCUGUUCAGCAAGCUGACGAACCCUCAGAUGAACCCCACCCAGGGUAAUGGGGAUGUCAUGGCCCGUGCUGGGCCUCAUCAGAAUCAGUAUGACAAUCAUGGAGAUGCUGCCUCCCUCACCAACAUGGUUAACCGUGCAUCGCUAAUGUACCGUGACGGCCUUGACGCUAUCAAAACUGAACCUGAACCUAUUCUAAAUUGAAUGAUGGCAAACUUAUAAUAUUAUUAGCCCAUGUUGUUUAGAAAAGUUGAGAUAUUCAUAAGCUGAUGGGAAAUGCAUUGCUGGAAGAAAGAAAAGGAAACUCAGCUGACUGAAUGUGGCCCCAUACAGCUUGUUUGUGUGUGCAGUGUCUAGACAUUUGAAAUGUGUUUAAUGUGUUGGGACCAUAUUCCUUUAGGAGAAUUUUGCACACCUCUUUAUAAGAGCAUAUUUUAGAUAUGUAAAUAGUAGAGAGGACUUAGCAUGUAGGAUUACAUUUACAUUUGUCCAUAAUUGUUGGGCAUUACCUCAUAGUGAAACUCAUUUAUACACCAUGUCACUGUACAAACUGGACAUAUUAAUAAUUCCCUGUGUACAUAAAGAUGGUGACGAGUGUAUGUACAUAUAUGUGUGCUGCCUUGCACUCUUCAAGUUGCUUGAGUAAUAGAUUUUUGUACCUUUUUAAAAGGUAAUGUUGCUUUAUUUGUUACAUCAAUGAUAACAUGUGACAAAAUAACUGGGACACCAAGUUUACUAGAAUGUUGAUUUAUUUGCUAUGCUAUAGUUACAGCUCCAUUCAGUUGUUGUUCUGUCCCUUUCAAGAGGGAGUCAGUAGCCAUGACCUGUGACAAGCACAUCUCCCUGCCCAUAUAUACACUAGCAACAUUACCCAGUAUUUCCUGAAAUGCCCCUCACAUAGGCAAGAAGGACUCAUUCCAGACACCAAAAUCAGAUGAUCACCCUGAGUGUUGAGAUUAUGUACUGUGUGUUGGCAAUCUUGUGUUGGUACAAUAUAUGGUAGAAUUUUCAGUGUAUUUAAUCCAGGUCUUAGUGAAAACCCAGGACUGAUAUUUGGACUAUGCGAGUACUAUCAUUAUAGACUUUCAUGAGCAAAGUGAUUGUUAUACUUGUUGAUUAUGUGAUGUGCUACUUUGUUUUGGACAUUGAUCCAAAAUGUUGUUCUUAAUUUCAAAUUUAUUUUAUAGACAUAUACAAUUAUAUAACCAAAGUAUACAUCAUAGGUUAAGGCUAUUUUAAUACUUAUAGUUUGUAAGAUGAUGUGUCUAGACUUAAGAAAAUGAAGAUGUUGCACUGACAGUGUUCCCUGCUUCUGUAGCAAAUGUACGAUGACAGUUACAGCAGUGUCCGGGCAACGCCGAGCCUUCACAGAUAGUGAGGGUUACCAGCCAGCUAUGAGGAGCAGGGUCAACAUUGAUGUUUUAGAUUAGAUGUUACCAGUAUACUGUGACAUGUAGCAGCAGAGAGUCUGGCUCGGAAACACAUGCUAAGUGGUUUUCCUUAUUUUAUAUACUCUCUGCUCUUUUUUUUUCACUGAGGCAUUUUCCAGUUUUAGACAUGUAAUCUAGCUCCAGACUUUAUUGAUUAACAUAUUCCUUCACAUCUUAAACAUUCCCAUUCAGAUUUUCUGCUGCUUGUAAACCAUUAUCUUAAUUAUAGUUUUAUGUUAAUUAUCAUAGAGCACUCAAUAUGCAUUUCUGUAAGUAUAAUCCCUUUUCAGCUGUUAUUUAUGUUAGUGAUAUCUUGUAAUCACCACAUACUCUUUAGGCUGCUAUUGGGGAUUUCCAUCUUUAAGUUUAUGACAAAACAUUUACAUGAUUGACACUUAACAGUUCACAAAAGCAGUAUAUCAGGAAUCCAAACAGGGCCUGAAUACACAAGUUUGCCACAUUGGCUCCCACUGACUAGCAAAAACUCUAAUGAUUCACAGGAAACCCUUCAAGAGGCACGCCCAGUAGUUGGCCUAAUGUAUAUAUUGUGAUAUAGAUACUGAGCUCUGACCAUUGAGCAGCAAGGGCCUGCAGCCGCCUCCCCGUGUGAGUGUGUCCAUGUAGUAGCUUCAUUGUGGUGUCAUCCACCUCCCUUUAACUACUGCUGUGUGCAUGUUUUGUUGGUAUUUGUAUUGUGGUUGGUAACAUAGCUUGUCAAAUCACUAAUCAACGUAAUUUAAUGUACUGUUAUCAGGAAUCAUAUCUCAAAAUCCCCAUUUUAUUAUUAUUUAUACAGUUUAACAAAAUUUCGAGAAGUUGAUUCUCUGAUGUAUCUACUAAGUCCAUGUAGAUGAGGAUAGACCAACUGGUAGGUAUCUGUUUGGCCAGGUGCCAUAGGGAGGGAUGUGCCUGUAGAUGCUCUAAAUAAAAUUAAAAAAUUGAA